AUGUUUAAAAGUGAAUUUUAGUGCAAUUUGAAAGACUAUCCUUAACAGAACUACUCAGAAUUCAUCAAAGGAAUCAUUGAUUCUGAUUAAACCUUAGAAAAUAUUUUUAAUGGUGAUUAAGGAUAAUUUGAAGAAUUUAAGAUUUAUUUGAAAAGCAAGAUUUUCAAUGAUCCAAAUGAAAUACAAUAGCAUCUUACCAAUAUAUAUAAUUAAUGGAACACUUAAUCUAAAGUUGUAAUUAAAAGGAUAGAAAUUUUCAGACUUAUAAUGCUAAUGUACUUAGGAUUAUUAGAGAGGAAUUUCUCUCAAGGCGGAUUUUAUAUUAUUGAUAUGAGUUCAAUAAAAUAUACGAAUAAUUACAUUUCUAAAUAGAAAUUGAAAUGUUUUUAGAACUAUAUCAAGACAUUUUACUUAAAUUCUGAUGCCAUUUAAAAUGAUCAAUUAAUAUUUACUAAAAAUACUGUUAACAAAGAAGAGUUCAAAAAGAAGUUUGAAUAAUCAAUUUAUUAGAACAUUGAUUUUGAAUUCACUUAAUUGAAAAAUGAAGAUCACCAAAAUUCUACUGUUGUAGACUUUGCUGAUUAAAAUAUAGGAGGACUAGUUCUUGAUACUAGAAAUUGUGCAUAAGAAGAAGUAAAAUUAAAUAUUAAACCAAGAUUGUUAUGCUAAUAUUCCCUGAAGCAACAGUAUCUAAGAUUUUUAUUUCAUAAAAGAAUGAGACUGAAGCAGUAUUAAUUGAAAAUUUGAAAAAAUACAGUAAUUAUACUGGAUAUGAACAAUCAUUUAAUUGCUAACCUUCUAUGACUCUUUAGGGAAAUUAUAAUAUGCUAGUAUAUUCUACACAAUAUUAUUUCGGCUAUUGA